AUGUCAUCUAUCAAAAAUGCAACGGGGGUCAGACACAACGCCUUUCGUUUGAACGCGCAUAAAAAGCUGAUUUACAACCGAAUGAGAAGAUUCAAUUGGCCCCCUCAGGAAUGCUCGGCUAUACACCCGAUUGAACCGUAUGGGAAACAAUUUUUCAUCUUCAACGCAUUUAAGAGGGACCCCAAUUUUGACAACGAAGUGUCCAACACGGUCAAGCCACUGCUGAACCCCAAUAAUGAAAAAAUCCCGUCAGAGACGGUACUCUGCGUGUGUGAUUUUGCCAAGAGGCCAUUGAUGUUCCUAAAUUAUCUGGACUUCAAAAUAUUGCAAGCCAGUAUGGAUAAGAUUAAGGAGGGAUUUAAGAAAAUGGAGGAGAAAUUGGACAAGACGAACUAUCUGGAUACCAAGUUUGGCUUAAUGCUAAAGUACAAUUUAAACAAAACGUACGGCAUGCAGCGAGUUAAGAAGGGGGAGCAUAACUCGUGGGGAAUGAAGAAGGGCGUGUUCCGAAGCAGGAAGACAUGA